ACAAUUUCAACAUCGAAGUUCAGGAUAUCCAGCUGUUUUACAAGUUUAUGACCUCACGGAAAGCAUAACAAAGAUGACAGCCUACCAAAACAUUUGCCAGUUAUCAGGAACCAUGUGAGCUGCCGUAUCAAGACAACAAAUUCACAGCAGAACAAACAUUGAUUGAAACAAGAUGGCGUCCAUCCACGAUGAGCCCAUCAUGCCGACCGUCCACAAGCUCCCUGCUAUCAACACAGGCAGGCUGGUCUCAGGGUCAGGGAAAGGAUCUACAGUUCACCUGGAGUCAGCCGCAGACACCUGGGCAGUCCAGGUGAGAAGACAGCUGCAGGAACAGGUGAACAAUGGCGACGAACCAGGUGAGGAGCUGGUACAACAGCUGGUUCAGCAGGUGGUGUCGGCUUUCAUCUCAACUCUGCAGAACGACAGACGACCGUCCUGGCUGUACCUGUGUGAUGUCCUGUGUCUGCUGGAGCCACAUACAGAACUCUUACAGGGGAGACAACAGAUCGCCCACUACCUGGAGCGUGUCUACAACCAUGUACAGACUCAUCAAGAGAGACUGUUUGAUAUCAACAUAGUCCAAGCUUUAAACAAAGUCUUCCCAAAGGAUAUGGAGAGAAUACAGCACACCGGUGGCAACCCACGGAACUACCGUACCCCCACACCACCGCGGCUGCUGAGCACAACACCCACCACUAGCACCAAGAGAAACUCACUGUCAUCCUCUGUAGGCCUACAGUUACCAGAUGGGUCCAAUCCCUAUGUACUGGAGAGACCUGAUGAUGAGACGAGGUAUUUCAGGCCCAAGCCUCUGUCCAUGGGGGACAUACGGGCAGCCAUACCAGCUGUGGUGUUGGAGGCAUCGUCUCGUGAGUCUGUUUGGGGCACCAGUAUGGGCAUCACUGCUACAGCUAUGAGCUUAGAUCUACACGAUGAGCUGAAGCCAGCGCCGCCAGAAAAGAUGUUCGAAAGCUUGACCAGUAUUAUCGAGUCCAAACUUGAUGAGGAUGUAUCCAUCAGUGAAGAAGCUGAGUCUAUGAGCGAGGCUCCUCCCAUGACCGGCCGCGAGGCUGCAGAGAUGUUUGUAAAAGGGAAACACCUGGGGAGGGUGGAGUUUGUUUACCUGAACCUGACCCCGAACAGACACUACAGGCCCUACGACUUGGUGGUGGUGCCGAAGCAAAAAAUCAACAAAGAGCACUACGUGUUCUCGAGGUUUGGUGCGCUGCACGUCCGUCCGGAUGAGCCAAACGACACCAUGACCAUCGCAGACUGGAAGCAGGAGGCUGUGAGGUGGUCAUCGCUGAUGUGCAUCCCCUUCUUUAAGCACUUCCUUGUCAGGAAGGCUUUCUUAAGAUGGAAGUCCUACAAGAGAUACGAAGACUUCUGCAGAAUAAGAGAGGAUGUGGAGGAGAACCUGCCUCUAGCCGUCCCCAGGUUUGGAGCUGCUCUACUGCACAUCAGCAGAUUACUCUUGGAGCUGACAGCAAUCAACAUCCUGCCUGCUUCAACCAACACCUGUUUCACCCUACCUGAGUUUGAGACAAUCAUCAAGAAGAAGCGGAAAGAAGCAGAAAAAAUUCUCGCCAAGUUCUUUGGCUACUCCCAGGCUGUAGUGAAUCAGAUUGUGAGUGAGGUGUUUGAGCAUCUACAACACUGUGAACAGCAGGUCAAGCAGACGAAGACUGUGUACACUAAGGAGUCGCUGUACCUGCAAAGACAGAAGAAGGAACAAAGAAUCCAGAACUUCAAGAAAGCGAAGGCAGUGGCAAGUCGUCUAGGAAAUUUUGUGAAGCUGGUUGAUCAAAUCUUACUGGCACAUAUGGUGUCCCUGGCAAGGAAGAACAUUGGGGCCUUCGUUCACACCACCAUGCAGGCAGGGGAAGAGGCUGAAAGGGACGCUCUCUUCAAGGCCAAGCUGGUCUUCAAUAGAAAUGAUGAGCUGGUACUGUACCCCAGUAAGGAGAAGUUCCAGAACGCCACCUACAGCGCCCUUCUGGGAAUCCCUGCUGUCAUCUUCCGCUCGGCACACCCCUCUGAGGAUGGUGCCUCCACACAAGGCAGUCCAGGGACAGGGUCACGAGGCAGAGUUGAGUCCAGUUUGAGCUCGCCCGUGAAGCUAAACGUGAGCCAGGAAUCAGCACGAGUUCAGCCCCAGCCCAGUACGGGAUCCAAGCAAGACCGGUCUUCCAUGCAGACAUCGCGUAGUGGUGCUGUAACUGGCACCACCAGUAACUACACACUGGGAGAUCCAACGUUGGAAAGACCGGCCAUGAAGACUAAAGAUGAAGACAGACUGGGCGUGGCAACCCCUGACCUCAUUGUGGGGGCACAGACCCCCCGCGGACUGACCGUGGGAGGGCAGGGCUUCAUGGGACAGUACAGCCCUCUGUCCAAGGGGAGUCUGGAGACAAAACUGGCCACAGAUGAGGUGGUGAGUGCGGAUGUCCAGCUGCACGAGGACAUGAUGAUGUCAGCGAUGGGGGAGAUCGACAGCUUCUGUAUCGAGCAUGUCUGGAUCAAACCCAUGCACAAGUACGCCCGCGAGUGGAGCAGGACUGUGCUGAAGGCCUUUCAUGGUCAAGAGGCGUUUGACAUUGAGGUUUGUGGUGCAACAGAAAAACUGAAUGAGAUCAAGAACUGGAUCGAGCGGAUCAAAGAUGUAGAGAAGACGCUGACGACGUCAGACGGGCUGUUUGAGGUAGACUGCAGUAUCCUGCAGCAGGAGCUGGUGCCUGCGCUCAGCAACAUCUUCAAGCAGCUCAUCCAGCUGGUCGCAGACGAUGCCAAGAACCUCUCUACUAGCUUUGUGGAGGAGAUUAAGAAACUUAGCAAGACUCUGAAGGAUCAGAACACGACAGUGGACCAGUUUGCAGUGUUUGCAGGACAAGUGAAGGAAUAUCGCAGCAGGACACAACAGUUACAGGAGAAGGUCUCCUAUAUCAAGUCUAUGUAUGAGGUGAUUCGGAUGAGCUACCGAUCUUUAAACCCAGAUGAGGAGAAGUUGGAAGAGCGUGUGCGCACCACGUGGGAGAGUUUCCUAGUGCAGCUGCAGGAGGCACAUGACUUUGUGCACACACAGACUCCAGUCAUGCUGGAGGAGCUGGACAUGACGUAUCAGACCCUACAUGAGGAGGCACUGACUAUCAGUCGCCAGGCAACCAGCGGCAAGUUCUUGGACCCAUCCCAGCAUUCCCCAACCAUCCUGACAGACAUGCGACAUCUGGCAGAGAAAUUUGGUGCCAUUCAGCACCAGAUGGAGGAAAUCAGCAAGUGGCGUGAGAUGAUCACAGGAACUGGUUACGACCUGUCGGCGCUGGGGUUCAUGGUGGGACAGAUGGACAUGCGGAGGGAGCUGUGGAAGUAUGUAGAGGUGGCGACAUACCACAUCAAGGACUGGAAAGUGCAACUGUUUAGAAAGGUACUCUUGCUUACUCUGUUUCUAUUAUGGAUAUUUGGUAAAAGGUAAAGAUAGUCCCAUAGCUCUUUGAGGCCAUGAGGGCAGGGGCUUAUUAUGUAAGGCACAGUAUUGGAAGGUGAAGCCCAUCCCUCUCCUUCCACCACCUUCUAGCUCCUAAACCAAAUUACCCAUUUUUAC